AUGUUUUCCUGUAUGUUGCUUAAAAAAGAUUUCCAGUUCUUAGAAACCAGAACACUUCCAUUUCAUUAAAAAUAGUUCGAGUCAGCUAUGGAAGUCAAUACAUGUAGCGAUAUUUGAUCACACUAUUGUUCUAUCACGAAAUAUUAAGGACUCUUCCAUCAGAGGAACUGGACUAUUCAGGGUACCAUUUAACAUGUAAAAAUGUUUCAACACUUAUGGAAAUAUCAAACAACGAAUGUGUUAAUUUUUACAGCUUGUUAUCUUGGUGUUUUUGGUUUUUCCUGGUUUGAAGCCCAAGACAAAUGUCAUAGAAAUGGAGAAAAAAUGGCGCAUCGUCCUGACUCUAAGCCAAGCACAUCUUAUUGGACUCCAUACCAUAAACGCACUUCCCACUGGAUAGGUAAUUUAGGAUGUUACUCAGAUCAAGAUCUUUCUUUCAAAAGAAAGAACAAUUAUUCCCUGAUUGUUCCAUCACCUGGAUUAUGUCAAGAAAGAUGUACUAAAAGAACGCCGAGCACAUAUCUGUUUGCAAUCAUGAACAAAUCAUGCAUCUGUCUGAAUGAUCCUCCCAAGAUCCCAUCAAGUCAACUUAGCAACUGUAAAUUCUGCAUGGAAAACACUAAAUUCUCAUUGGAGCAAGACUGUGAUGACAAAUUGCCUUUCAGAAUAUUCUUCUCCAUUUUAAUUCAAAAGGACUUCAAUUUAUCUGCAUCAAACUGUGACAAAACAAAUAAAUGCUGUGAAAUACAUAUAAAUCGUAUGAAUGAACGAGAAAAUCUAAAACUGCUGAAACAUCCGUUAAGGAACAGGUCCAGUUGUAUAGUUUUCAUAAGGCAAAUUUAUACAGCUUUUGAUCAAGGUGAUAAGUUUACCGACUUCGAGAAAUGCAAGAAUUCCUCCUGUCAACAGUGCCGUGUAAAUGGAUGUCCAUUUGUUGAUUGUUUUGAUUGUGUGGAUACAGUUUUUCUGCUCAGAAGUAUGAUUAAUAAUGUUUUUAUAUCAUUCAAACAGUGCAACAUGCAAAACAUGAAUGUCCAGAAAGAGUUUCGUUUUCAUACAAGAAGCGUAAUUUGCAAUAAUUAUUAUCUUCUUUAAUUAUCUGGUUGUAUAAGUUAAAAAUGAUGCUAUUCAAACCAGCAACCAUGUUUUAGCACAGUUCUGGUAAGUGUUUACUCUUAUGUCUGUGGUAUAUGCGCCAGGGUUUCAAAAUAUUAAAUAAUUGCAAUAGACGACAUGCGAAGCUGUGUUUUGAAGGUCGGGUCAUUUGAUUUUCAUGAAUAUUAAAAGAAAUUUGUGACAGUUACACACUUUAUAGCUUUCGUAAACAUCGAGCACAGGU